ACAUCGAGUCCAGGUGUUGCUGGAUUCGACAGUCCGAUGCGCUACGUGCUUCGCAUCGUCGUGGUUGCCUUCAACCCGUGCGGAGAGGUGCGAUAUCCCCCACGAGGUCACCCCCAGUCUCUCUUGUGGGGGUGGUCUUGGUGGGCUCGCAACUGGUCUUGAGUUGGAUGACGUUUUGUCCACAGGUCAGACGGUGGGGCGAGCUUUGUUCGUUCGUUCGGUUUCACGUGGCGUUGUCGAAUUCGUUAUUACGACAUGAAAACCGGCGGCACCGGCGAUCCCGUGUGCAAGCUGAUCUUGCUCGGGAACGGAUCGGUGGGCAAGUCGAGCAUCAUCAACCGGUUCGUCGACGAUGGGUUUGCGAAGCAGUACAAGCAAACGAUCGGCCUCGACUUCUUCGUCAAGAAGAUUCAGCUACCGCACGACCGGCGCGUCAUCCUCGAGGUCUGGGACAUUGGAGGUCAAAACAUCAGCAGCAAAAUGCUCGACAAGUACGUGUACGGCACCGACAUUGUAUUUGUCUGCUACGACGUGACCGACCCCAAGUCGUUCGCGGACGCCGAGGACUGGUGUGCCCUCGUCGUGAAGGCAGCGACGUCGGCCGAGGACAAACUGUCCAAGAAAAAGUCGUCGCGGAACCAGCUCGUCUACUUGGUCGGCAAUAAAAUCGACCUCGUCGGACUACGUGCUGUCACUGUUGCUCAGCACGACGCAUUCGUGAGCAAGCACAAGCUAACAGGGUCGUUCCUGCUGUCGGCUCACAGCGGCGACAACGUCCUUCGCACGGUGCAUCUGAUUGCCGCCCGUGCAGUUGGAGUCGAGUUGUCCGAGUUUGACCUCCAGUUCUACGACACACCCGUGACGGCGCACGCGCUCGCUCCGUCUGCCGGUGACAACGAUCCACGGACCGUCGACGCCGACGCGAUCGAGCAAGAGGACUUGAGGUUGGAGGCGCAAAAGAACAAGGUUGCUUGCAUGCCCAGCCAUUCCAUCCUUCACGCACUGGCGCCAUCAACAUCUUGACGGCCAUCUUCGUUGUCGAGAGAGGUGUUGAUUUCAGGCGGUUCAUUCAAAAGCGAGGACGCGGGUUGUUGUCGACACGCACGAAGCUUAUGCAGUACGCGGACAGAUUCGUGAAUGCAUCGCAAGGCCGACUCGUCUACUCACGGCGUUCCUGAGCAACGGCA